AUGUCUGAUGUGUACACAAAUAUAAAAGGUAAGAAUAGCACAAACUACAUUUUUGAACCGAGCUCAACUGACGUGACAUCAAUCGUCAAAAUCAUCGUUACUAUAGUUACUUCAUAGGGUAUGGAAAGUAAAAAAAUUGAAUGCGUUGAUUGAACAACACAGACUAUGGAACAGAGUCAAUAUGUUAAAAACAUAUUAAAGAAUAAAAUAUAUAUAAAACAAACAAUCCGAAGAUUAGCAUCUUGAAACUCAAGAUAUGAGUCAAAACAAGACCAGAAUGACUUUGUUAUUCUCGUCUUGUUUUGACUGCAUGUCUUGAGUUUUAAUAAUUAAGAUGUACUUUUUGAUAUUAUCGGUGUUGGUUUUAAAAUAUACUUAUAUGUAGUAGGCUAGUCCUACUUUGACAAUUGAAAGCAUAUAAAUCACGUUUCACAUUUAUACUUUGCCCUUUGGCUUUGCACAUGCAUUAUAUAUUUCGUGUUUCUAAUUUAUUCAUCCUCUUUUCCAUGCCUCAGAAAGUAAUACUUACGAUGACUUGCGUCUAGUUUGAUCUGGCUUUAAUAAAAACAGUUAUACUGACUCUAUUUAAUUACUGCUUUAGCAUAAAUUUAAUAGGAUUUGUAUCGUUUACUCCAAAUCGUUUCGCCCAGGGUUAUAUAUACUAUAAGAACUGUCUGACGCCUGUGCCAGUGUAAGUAAACCAACUGAGUGGCAAUACUGUAUUAAUAACAAACUUUCUAACUUUCGUUGAUGGGGGAGUACUUAUAAGGAGAAUUUUGACGUUUCAAGCGAGGGCUCUUCGUCUGGAGUUAAGCCUGUUUUCCACUUCAACCGUAUCGUAUCGUAACGUACCGUAGCAUUUUCUUUUGUGUCGAACUCAUUAGUUCCACACUGUCGCCCAGGAAAAAAGAAAUACGCUACGUUUCGGCACGAUACGAUUGCCAGGAAGUGGAAAACUGGCUUAAGUACUGUACUUUGUUCUAUUUACUCCAGACGAAGGGACUUGAAACGCUCGAAACGUCGAAAUUCUCCUUUCCGAUAGUUGCAUCCCUAUCAACGAAAGCUUAUUAUUAUUUAUCCAUAUAAUAAUACUAACGCUUGUAUUCUAAAAGCUCACUCACACUCUAAGAGUGGAUCUGUUCAAUCUGCAUGCUGAGCAAUUGGCAGUAAACGCAAAAGAGACAUUGGACCCCUGCUGAAAAAGUGAGCCUGCUGUAUUGAGAGAAACUUGCUGAAUCUGAUCAACGUUAUAACUUUCAACUACUGUAAGUAAUUAACCAAAUUGUUAGGCUCUGGAUUAAGGCAACUUAUAUACUGAAGCUUUUCCGCGACCCAGUGGUUAGAUACUGAUUUACUUUCCGCCGGGCAAAGCGUCUUUGCUCGAAAUGUUGAAGUUGUGCAUUUCAGGUAUUUGAAUCUCUCUCAGUCCGCAGCUGUCCGUUAAUAUCGUCGCGAUACUUCACUGAGUACUCUGGCACCGACUGCGUUCGACUUUGGAAAUUUAUAAUCCUGAUAAAAACUUAGCAAACUUGCCGCAAUACUAAUAAAAAUUAGAGUUUAAUUAGUGUCAGUAUAUGUAACAUACAUGAAUUCUUGAGCGAAUGCUUGGCCGCCAACCCCCUUCAGUUUCAGGCCAAUAAGAUUUUAUUGUACAAUCUGAAAUGAUAUUGCAAUAGGGACAUGGGGGCGGUGCGCCAUUCCAAGCAAGUUUGGGGCUGUUCGACUGUUUAUAUAAACCGGAUUCAAUUUGUGGUUCAUGCAUAUGGGUGGUCAGAUCAUGCACUGCGUCAAAAAUAUGCAUGGAAGAUUGCAUGCAGGAAUUGAAUGAACGAAAUUCCAGUCACAAACCUAUGACAAACCUGAGAAAAUUAUUGAGAAAAAGAGUCGUGAAAGGCUGUCGAAUUACAUCGCAGUUAUGAUUUGGACCGAUUUAGUCAUUCAAAUACAAAAUUUAUCCGCAUUCCGAGAAAAGCAUUCUGAAGUUGAAUUAAAGAACACAUACACAGUAUAUACAUAUAUGUCAUAUAUUGCGCAGCGCAUCCAUCCAUUGAAGAUGGCAAAAGUUUUUCUGCAUGUGCCAUAUGAUCUGUCUAUUUUCAUUUCAGGUUGACAAAUUCCUAAAUGACAAAACCGAUUUUGAUCCCUAAAUGACAAAAUCGCUGGCGUGUAGGCACAUGCAGAAUGUUUCUUGCCAUCUUCAAUGCCGAAAGAUAUUUGCCAUCUAGUCUGAGCAAUUUAAUUUCACAAGUGCAUCAGACAUUAGUAUACCGUCGGAAAGACUGAUUUGAUUGCUGUCAACAUGGGCCAUACCGCAUGCAAGUGUAUUAUCUUUGCGCCAAAACAAUGUUUCAUCAACAUUAAGACAAUUUUCAUAUUUAUGUGCGAAUACUUGGCGAAGUCAUUAAGUGCAUGAUGCCAUUUGAUAUGAUUAGUGUCAUUUUCAGAUCUAAUUUUAUUGCGCUUUUCAUGGUUCCUGAUACGAUCUAUUGCUUCAGUAAUAUGGUACGUAUAUUAUACUACUGUAAAGCGCUUCAGCACUACUCUGCAUCGAUAACGUUUCAAAGAAGAUUUAGAUGUGCUAAAGAGUUCCCAAGUAACAUCUGCAGCAUGGGCAUAGCGUGUCGCGGUAUGGGGCACGCAGCGUUAACGAACUUGCGGCUCGAUGCUAAGGGACAUCCCUCCUUGACAUAAAUUAAUCUUCCUCGUGCUAAUACUUUCAAACGCGUUUCGCUUAAUGAUAGCGGAACAUCCAUAACUAGUUUUAUUAACGACGAGAAGCCAAGAGGAGCAGAUACAUUGAAAAACGCAACACUAUCGCGAAUAACUUUUCAUGAGAGGGAUUAACUUUGUGAUUUUCAAUUACACAGUGACAUAAAAUCUGUGAGUAUAUAUAGUGCUUGUAUAUAUGCAUGCAUCUACAGAUAUACAAUGCUUAUUAAUUUAUUCUCAAUAUUUGUUUGUUUAAUGUCGGAGAGUCCGAUAAUUGUCGACAUUGUCGUCAGAAUGUUGUGAAGUUAUGUAACAUGUUCUCAUUUCUGGGUGGACAAACAUUUUUCGGAUUCAGCGAGAAAAAGAUCACAGCCAGAUGGCAACAGAGAUUUCAAAUAUUGAUAUGUGCUAUAUAGAAAGAAGAUAAACGGCUUUUAUUGGAAAGGUUUCUGAGUUCUGACGCUUAUAUAAUAAAAUUAUAUAGGCCUACUAUUUUGCACAUGCACAUUGCACAUGCAUAUACUAUAGAUUCAUUUACUGGCUUGCUGCCCGGAGAAUGCAAGAAAAAUGAGUCAAAUUUCAUUUUAUGUUUUCAUUCUCAAAUAAAGUUUUUGCCGACAAUAUUAUAUUCAAGUGCCACUAAUUUUAAACUGGUGAUGAUCUAAGAUUAACAUGUAAACAUAUAUUAUACUACAAAGUUUUCAACAAGCGGUUUUAUGCCAAGGGCAAGGAUGUAGAAAUCAUAAGUAUAUAACCAAUUUCUACUUCCUGCGUGGUUAGAUUACAAUAUAUGUUGAAAUACACAUUUUAAUUAAGUUAAAGACUUUAAAGCCGAUAAUACGCGCCGGUAUACUGUAUGCCUGUUGAACACAGAAAGCAUACAAACGUUAUCUGUUGUGGUGUCCGUGCCAAGCUUGGCACCGCUUUAUAUAUUCUUCCCGUGAGUUACUGAGUUUGUUUGCCGGUUAUAGUUUGUUCGGAAUCAAAUGCUUCCACAACGUUCUCUGAAUUUCGUGGGAAAAUUUCCUUAUCUCUGGUUCUGGAACAAAAAUAAUGUCGUUCGAAUCAUCGCAAAAACAGUUAUGGCAUAUGCUUAUGGAUGCCAAAUUAAUUUCUAAACAGUAAUAUUCUAGCGAUUUAUGGCCUUUGAAAGGGAAGCGAAAUUGUAUUGUUGAUAAAUCGCUCAAAAUUAUUAAACUAAUUAAAAUAAUUAUUAAAACUUUCGUAUCGUUGGUUUUCUCUUUUUCCGCCGCAUACCACUACGGAUUCAUCUCACUUUUCUCUUAAUUUUAUUAGCAUUUUGAGCACAAAUUAAAGCGAAGUUUUAAUCCUAGCGUACGGACCAACUGCCGGGCGACAGGAGAAAUGUAGCGGUCUAUAACUGUAUACGGUACGAAAUAUCAACUUUACUUGGAGUGGGAAUGUUUUAUUUGUAGGGCACUCCAUUUUAGUACUGUCAGUGUGUCUGGUUACGAUGGCAAAUAUUAGUAAUUUAGUAUGGAAAAUGUUUUCAACUAGGAUUCACAUAUGCCGCCGUAUAGUAAGGAAUUUGGAAAAACCUUUUAAGGCAUUGUCUGCGUUAUCUAUCGGCACGUGCCGUUAGAUUAACACAUCUAUUUUCAAGCGCAGAAAUAAAAUUAAAUUCUGUAUUACAAUAUUGAACGUCUACUGGGGGUGGGGCAGUUCCCAUGGUUCACGUGGAAAUAUUUCCUUUGUUCUCUUGUUUCCUUUGUUCCCCCAGCUUACAUUUCGUUGUUCCUUAUGAUAUGACAUGGGCCCGUAUCGAGAAUCGAACCCACGUUAUCAGAGGUGAAGGGCGCUUGCUCUAACGACUGCAUCACUGAAGCUCCCAUGUUCCCAUUGCAAAAUAUGCCUUGUUCCCUUGAAACCCGCUUGACUCCCCUAGACAUUUCUAUGAGAAUUUUUAUCAGACAUUUCUUGAGACAUUUCAUUUCUUAAUGUAACGAAGCAUGUUGUCUAAAUUAAUAUAUGCCAAAAAUUUGAAGUAAAUUAGCUAAAAGAUUUGUUGCAUUUGCAAGAACUAGGAAUCAAACUCUAUGUAAACAAUGUUAAAUUAAGCAGGGUUGCUGAAAUUCUGUUAGUUAAUGAAAAUUUGAAAUUUGACGCUAUGAUGGGGAAACAAAAUACACAUGCACCAUAUCUAUUUAUUCAUCUGUCACAUGUACUCCAUAUAUAGAUGUAAACAAGUUGAUUAUCUUAUUUUGCACACAAUGUAUGAGAUAAUUAAAAUAUAUAAGCCGAUAAAAAGUGAAGGAUGCUUAAUUGAAGUCCUCGGCAAUAAAUUUCGCUGCAUGGGACUUGAGUAUUGGCCUUAUCAUGAAGGGUUUGUGUGUUACCGCAAGUACAAAUAUAUUAGCCUGAGUAUACUCAACUACAUUUCAUUAUAUAAACACAAGUAUUAUACAGAGUUUUUGGCCACUGAGAAAAAUUGUAUUUAAACACACGUGAAAAAUACGAUAUUUUUACGGGUGAAAAUAUCAUUUGUUGUAAAACGCAUUGCCACGGACGUUUUAUUGUUUUUCACUGAAUUUUGUUUAUAUAAUAAACAGAAAAAUACAUGGAUGCUUGGAAAUACCGGAUUUAUUUCUCGUGUUGAACAUGAUAUCUCACUCGUUCGCUGCGCUCACUCGUGAUAUAUCAUGUUCAACACUCGAAAUAAAUCUGGUAUUUCCGCGCACCCAUGUAUUAUUGAUGUAGAGGACAGUCUCAAUGCUUUCAACUUGCUGUUCAACGAAAUCCUGGAUUGUCAUGCUCCUGUGAAGAGGAUCAAAAUUCGGUCCCAAUCCAUUCGUUACAGAUGAUAUAAGAGAAGUAGAGAACUUAUGUCUGAAAACGCGCAAUCAUUGGCGUAAAGAAGCAAGGAAAACUAACGAUUCCCUAGCCUGGGCUAGUUAUAGAAGUUUAAGAGGGGAGGUGAAAAGAGAUCUACGAGUAGCAGAACGUGAAUACAUCGUAGAACAAAUUAGAACAAAUCCAAACAACACACGAUGCUUUUGGAAAACGAUAAGAUCAUGCAUUCCAAAGAAAUCUGCGAAUCAAAGAACUUUCGCGAAAGAUGACAUUGUCGUAGCAAAUGAAUUUAACAGCUUUUUCUCUUCAGUUGGCCAAACUGCAGUUUCUAAUAUCAAGUCACUUGCAGAAAAAUGUAAUUACGACCUCUCACAGUCAGAGUUUAAAUCAACUUCUCACCCUGAAUCAGAACAAUUUAUGUUUGAAACCGUGGAUUGUGAGAAGAUCAGAGAAAUUGUUUCGUCCAUGCCAACUAACAAGUCCCCUGGAAUAGAUCAGAUCUCGAUGCGAGUCAUUAAAGAUAGUCUUCCCGCAAUCUUACCAACAAUCACUUCCAUUAUUAACACCUCACUUGUUUCCGGAAUUUUUCCCCGCGAUUGGAAAAUGGCUGUUAUCACACCCAUUCCGAAAGAUGGCGACGACGAGCAAGCAAACAACAACAGACUCAUCUCGCUUUUGCCAAUUUUAUCUAAGGUAUGCGAGAGGACGGUGCAUAACCAAAUGAUUCCUUAUUUAGAUAGAAAACAACGCCUAUCUACCCAACAGAGUGGCAAUAGGAGAUUUCACUCGACAGAAACAUCCUUGAUCGAGACUAUACGGAUUCAAUCUUGAACGCUAUCGAUGGAAAAGAGUUAACGGCCGUUGUCCUGCUAGAUAUGAGUAAAGCUUUCGACAGUAUAGAUCACAACAUUCUCCUGUUGAAAUUACAAGAUGUCGGACUUGUCGGCGUAUCACCUGCUGCCCUAAACUGGUUCUCGAGCUAUUUAUCGGAAAGAUUCCAGGUCGUGCGUAUCAAUACCGUCCUAUCCGACAAACUACCUGUGAACAGUGGUGUCCCACAAGGCAGCAUUCUUGGACCGAUCCUCUUUAAUAUCUAUGUUAACGAACUACUGACCAACAAUUCCUCAAAGCAGUUUAUCCAAGAUGUACGUUGA